UACAUUUAUUACGUAAUAUAUAUACAUAUAUAACAAUGGCUGGUAUAUGCUGUUCCUUCCUACGACUCCCGAUAAGCUUAUGCAAAUCUUUGUGUCGCGGUUGUCAACGGAUAUCGUCUGAAUACACCUUCUUCAUCUACACUACGAUAUUCUUGAUCUUUGCGACAUUCGGUUGGUUGUUUUUCGAAUGUCCUCACUGGAAAGCCCAUCCGUCUAUUCACAACAAAAAAUUUAUUAUGAACGCUAAUACCAUCUACGGUAUCUUCGUGGCAUACGCCUUCUUUGCGGCGUUCACCAUCUAUCAUCUCGUCCACUUACUCGUGUUUCAGAUGUCACGUGUUUUCAAUACGGCAACCUAUCAUCGCAUUCAUACUGGCGGUUGGAUUAUAAAGGUUUUGUGUUUGAUCGUCUUUAUUUUGGUACUGUACUUCAUACCGUACAAGCCCCUUCACUUCUACGGCCUAUUUUCCGUGAUUUUGUCAUUCUUUUAUUUGCUCGCUCAAGGCCUCUCCCUCUUUUGCCUAGCAAGACUAUUCUCUUCUCAUCUCCUGGAAAAAUACGAAGCCACCUACUCUAGUUUCUGGGCCAUUCUUGUGACAAGUUCUGCGACUCUUGUAUAUAUUGCCGUCAUCGGCGUACACAUCACACUGUACACAUAUUUUCCCGCUACCUACACCUACGUUCUUAUCACCAUCAGUCUUGUUCUAUGCAUUACAAUUUGCGUUUUCCGCAUCAUACUCUCGAAGGAGUCUCUCCCAUUCACGUUGCUCGAGCCAUCGAUGUUCGCUCUUUACAUAACCUAUCUCACCAUCAAGGGCAUCCUCCUGAACACGGACUUGGUUCCGAACAUAGACGUCUACAAUUGCUUCUACAUCGCAGUCAGGACGAUGGACGUCGCCUUCAUGGUCACUUCGCUCGUUUCAUGCACUUACAUCGUACAACAACUGUACAAAGAAACCUUAGAGGUCUCUACCACCGACGUCGAAGAACAGGCCCCAUCCCAAGCCAAAGUAGCGGAACCGAGAGCAGGAGCAACCGCACAGACGAGCAUUUCUAGAAGAAUAGGCUCCUCAGACCCAAUACUCGAACAGGUAGACCAACUUGUUCUCGAAGGCAAUAGACGUCCCGUCAGUCAAUAUUUAGUACUGUGUUUGUUCCACAUCUUCCUCACACUCUGUUCCUCCUUCUACUACACUGUCGUCACUGACUACAUGAGGGAAAAUGACAACAUUAAAGAACCGCCCGCGCGCAUGGUGGAGUGGAGCUAUGACACUGCCCGCAUUAUUGCUUGCAGCUACGUAAUCUUCAUUGGCUACUCUGUUCAUGCAAUAAAAACUAAAAUUCAGAGUUUCAGAUUGGGCUAAUUCAUGAGGCACAUCGCUUCGAAGGGAUACUCUCCUUCUAGCAAAUGUCUACAUUGAAUAAAAACAACUCAACAAAAAUCUACAAAUUUGCAUCUUUCAAGAACUUCUUACAGCCUUAUCCUCUUUUAAUCUAGGCUUUCAGAUAACCUCUGCACACAACCACAGGCGUUUUUUUAUAUGUAUCCUGCAUACACACUCCCUUACAAACCUUUCCUUGUGCAUAAACCCUCAAUAACUAUAUUGAUUUCAGAGAGUGUCGAGCAAGACUACGUCCAACUUGUUUGCCUUCAGAGAAUGGCUCGAGCGCAGAACCCUUUCCAUCGACAGAAACUAUUGGUCAGCGCUAUACUAAGCCCACCAUCGCAGCAGAAGCAAGAAAAGGACCAACCCCGACUUCAUCGGAACCAGUACCACCCCUAAAUUCAGAACAGCUAAGCAGCGCGUCGAAUCCGCCCUAUCACUUAAUUCAGAAAUUUUCAGAACAACCAGACACUACAGACGUGUGUUCGAAUCUCGAAAAACAAAACCCGUCUUCUAUGGCAGUCCAGCACAAUUCAAAUUGGGACAAAAAAAAUAAAAAAUAUUCGAAACAAUGCCAGCCUAUUUCGUAUUCUAGUUGUCAUUCUACAACUAAAAUGAACAGCGAAGAUCCGGUCGUCGACUUCACAAAAGUCAAGUUGAAAAAAGUUGAAAACGUAGCUGAAAACAAAGCUAAAUACUCGUCUCCAUCUGAGCUUCCCUUAAACUUCUUAAAUGUGAAAUUGAAGAAAGUACAGAUAACAGGACAUGAAAAACAAGACGAUGACAAAGAAGCUGCUCAAGAAAACGCAAAUUGUGCAGGAGAGCCCAAAAGCACAAUUUUCGAACGAUCGUUUAUAACGGCUUCAUCACCGAAAGCGUCACGUAUCAAGCCCAAAUUGCCUCAAGCUGCACCUCAUGACAGUCAUCCCAACCAAACCAAACCGCAUCCCAUUGGUCAGGGUAUUCGAGAGAAAAUGCACGAAUGGGAAUCCAGAAUUCAUGCUGUCAAAAAAGAGCACAAAAAUGUCAAUGCCAAAGCGAGUAGUGUCAAGAGAGUCAACAAUAAAGCUUUACCUCAGACACGCAGUAAGUCCCCAGAAUUUAAGAAGAUUGUUUUGAAGAAAAUCGGGCGCGCUGACAUGGCACCUCCAAGCAAGGAUUCAGAUGUCAAAAGUGUCAAACCCAAAGAAAGCAUAGUCUCCAAAUACACACGACUUUUCCAAGAUAAUUGUGUUGGUAAUCAAGACAUCGAUGAUAUAGACGAUGUUCGGCAAGAAGGCGACAACAACACAUCUAUGGAAAAUACGCGUUCGGCGAAAGGCAUCGAAGAAUCCACACAAGUAAUACAGAAGCAGUCAGAACCUGACAGCGAUUGCUUGGAAAAAAAUUUUGAGUUCAUGAGAAUUAAACUCAGACCUGUCAGGACGUCUUUUUUAAAGGAAAGAACAGUGGAAAGUUGAUGGCUCAGUGCAGUUGCUGUUCAAAAAACAGGUGGAGAGAAGUGAAAGAUGGCCCCAUCUGAGUGUCAACGAGAGGAGUGGUUAGAGUGAAAGCCAAAUGAAUAGCUUAGCGCCGCGGGGAAGGAGAUCAAAAAACGUGAAAAGCAGAUGGCACAACAGAUGUGGCGUUUACAGGUUUUUUCAUUUUAAAUGCAAUGGAUUUUUUGGCAAGGGUAUUAUUUCCUGAUUAGCCAAGAAUUAAAAUUUUUUCACACAAUAAUACAUUGUAGAUUAAAUCAGA